CGAGUUUGGGACGUGAGUUCGUUAAGUGCUUAUAAUGGUGAAAAUCCGGAACAAGAUUGUUCGUCAGAACAUCUACCUGCAGAUGCUGCGGCAGAGACAAAAGGAGAAGCUCGAAAAACGCAAGGAGCGCAAGAAAGAAGAAGAAAAAAAUCCAGAGCUUCGUGAGACCCGGUUGGCUGAGAAUGUGCCGCAAACGAUCGAGUCAAAACGUGUGUACGAUGAAACUCUUGUUCAGGAAGAACCAGACGAGGAACUACAGGCAGAAUUGCAGGACGACGAAUACGCGUCUUAUUAUAACGAAGAACGUCGCGCUCCUAAGCUACUCGUAACGACUAGUAAGCGAGCCUCGCGUAAAGCUUAUGAGUUUGCUAGCGAGCUGCUUGACUGUUUCCCUAACGCAGAGUUCCGGAAGCGUACCGGCAACAUCGAAAUACACGAAAUAGCCGAGGCCGCCUCGAAACGAGGCUACACAGACCUGCUGGUACUGAAUGAAGACCAUAAAGUUACGAACGCAUUGACGCUCGUCCACUUACCCAGCGGACCGUCAUUCUACUUUACAUUGUCCAGUUUACAGCUGGCGAAAGAAAUCUCGAAUCACGGACGCGCCACCGGUCAUAUUCCCGAGUUAAUCAUCAAUAACUUUUCGACGCGUCUCGGUAUCACUGUCGCUCGUGCAUUUCAGUCUCUCUUUCUGCAACAACCUCAGAUUCAAGGACGGCAGGUUGUAACCAUUCACUGUCAGCGCGACUUUCUGUUUUUCCGUCGUCAUCGGUACAUGUUCAAAGAAAAGUCUCAAAUGCCCGACGGAAUUGGAGCUGGUCUCCAGGAACUCGGUCCCCGUUUUACCAUGCGGCUUCGCAUGGUGCAACGCGGCAUCUGGGACAACAAGAAGGGUGAGGUCUUCUUCGAGAGUAACGCUGGUGAAGAAUCCGACCGCCGUCGCUUCUGGCUAUAAGGUCGAGAAGAAAAACAGCGGAUUGAUAAAAAUAAAGAGAGACGUGAAAGGAAAAACGAAAAGGGAAUGGAAAUGGAAACGUUCUCCAUGUCUGGAAGCACGGUGUGUCAAGUGGGAACUGAACUGGCAUGGGUGUAUUUUAUUGGGCUCUUUGUCUGCUCUACGCGCUACGAGGAGGUGUUUCCGUUGGAAUACGCAUAUCUACGGGAAACCGCCUCUCUUUCGGCUCCGCCAUAGCUUUGUCAAACAGGACACGACUGAUCUCAUAAAGUUCCUGACACGACCUUUGCAUCUCUUGGUACUGCUUUCGCAACUGAAGACUCUGUUGACACCGUUUUUCCUGCCGAGACAAGUUCCAAGCCAACGAAAUGUAUUCGUGACGGCGUAAUGCAGCUGUAUCCAUGGGAAUGGGCUUUCUCCCCGGAGACUCGUACAGAAUUCGACGCAACAUAUCGAAAACUGCGUCCGUUUUUGGAGUUUUCAUAGGAUUUGUUUGAUAUCUAGAAGGUAAUAAAAAUGUUGGUUUAAGGGUAAAAUAUAAAGAUAAAACAGCUGUUUCCGUUUGCAA